AUGUGCUCUCGCGGAUCUUGCCACAGCCACGAAACCUCCUGCCAUGGAUCCCGUUCCUCCUGCCACGACUCGGAAUCCUCCUGCCAUUACACCAUCCAGCGGCCACCUGUGCAGAAGUACAGCUGCGUGACACCCUGCUGCCCCCCCGUGCAGCCCUACUGCCCCCCCGUGCAGCCCUACUGCCCCCCCGUGCAGCGCUACUGCCCCCCGAUCCCCUACUGCCCCCAGUACACCAAGAACAUCUGCAAGCUGCCGCCAAAAUGCCCCAAGUAUUAG